CUGGUGACUCUCCCGAGACCGGUGCUACCCCUGUAGACGACGCCCCGGGCCCGGGUGGCCCGGCCAUGCAGCUGGAGACGCAGGACGCGCUGUACGUGGCACUGGAGCUGGUCAUCGCCACUCUGGCGGUGGCAGGCAACGUGCUGGUGUGCGCCGCCGUGGGCGCCUCGAGUUCGUUGCAGACCCCCACCAACUACUUCCUGGUGUCACUGGCGGCCGCCGACGUGGCCGUGGGACUCUUCGCCAUCCCCUUCGCCAUCACCAUCAGCCUGGGCUUCUGCACCGACUUCCACAGCUGCCUCUUCCUUGCCUGCUUCGUGCUGGUGCUCACGCAGAGCUCCAUCUUCAGCCUCUUGGCCGUGGCUGUCGACCGGUAUCUGGCUAUUCGCGUUCCGCUCAGGUAUAAAAGUUUGGUCACUGGGACUCGAGCAAGAGGGAUCAUUACUGCCCUCUGGGUUCUUGCCUUUGGCAUUGGAUUGACUCCAUUCCUGGGAUGGAAUAGUAAAGACAGUGCCACCAGCAACUGCACAGAACCUGGGGAUGGAAUCAGGAAUACAAGCUGCUGUCCUGUGAAGUGUCUCUUUGAGAAUGUGGUUCCCAUGAGCUACAUGGUAUAUUUCAAUUUCUUUGGGUGUGUCCUUCCUCCUCUGCUCAUAAUGUUGGUGAUCUACAUCAAAAUCUUCAUGGUGGCCUGUGACCAACUUCAGCGCAUGGAGCUGAUGGACCACUCAAGGACCAUUCUGCAGCGAGAGAUUCAUGCAGCCAAGUCAUUGGCUAUGAUUGUAGGCAUUUUUGCUCUCUGCUGGCUACCAGUACAUGCCAUCAACUGCAUUACCCUUUUCCAUCCAGCUCUGGCCAAGAAAAAGCCCAAGUGGAUAAUGAAUGUUGCCAUCCUCCUGUCACAUGCCAAUUCAGUUGUCAACCCUAUUGUAUAUGCCUAUAGGAACCGAGACUUCCGCUAUACUUUCCACAGAAUCAUCUCCAGUUACGUUCUCUGCCAGACAGAUGCCAAAGGUGGGAGUGGGCAGGCCGGAGCCCAGUCUGCUCUCAGUCUGGGCUUAUGACCCAGGCUCUGGCCUUUUGUAGAAGAAGGCUUAAAAUAAACAAUGGGCUCGACACAACUGGCUGAUUUUCACCUGAAAGACAGCUACACCUCCCAAGCAUAAGAGCUGCCUCUUCUGAAUACUUACCUGGAGUUACGCAAGUCUACCUAAUAUGCAUAUGCAAUCGGUAGGCUCCAAGGUUAACCAAUACAUUUAUGAAUUUAUUCAGAUGUUCUACUUUGUGGAUAACAAUGGCUUGAAUCGAUUCCCAAAGACAGUUUUAUUUUUAAGAAUCUGCCUCAUUUGUGGUAGAAAGUGACUGAAACUUACCUUACUGUGAAACACUGUGAACUAUUACAAUAAAAGUAUUUUUCACUUACA